GUGACGCAGCCCAGCUCUUCCCUCUCAGGGGCGUCCUCCCUCCCUCCCUCCUCUACUGGUCUCUUCCAGAUGAGACGCCUCCCUCCCUCCCUCCGCCCCUCUGAUCCUCUUAUCAGCGAGUAAGCGCCCAAGAUGGACGUUGUAAACCAGGUAAGGCUUUUGGGGGAAAAUCAACUAUUUUCUUAACGUGUUAAACAGCGAUUAAUCUUCGAGUGAUUUGCGUCAUUUUUGUACGUCGUGCGCUCAAUUAAGGGAUUUUUUCUCACACAAUUACCUCGACCUUAUUGGUUUUAACGCGGCUCCCCGUCGCUUUGAGUCAAAUUUGUGAUUUAUUCAUUUAUUAAAAUCGCCUCGGUGUAAAGGCACGACAGGUCGGGAUGUAAUUGGACAUUUUUUUCCACUCGUGCCUCUGCAGUCGAGGUGAUGGAGUGAUGGAGAUGGAGAAAUGUGUAGGAUGUCCAGAGAGCUCUGCUGCAAUGACAUUUAGCGAAAAAAGGAAGGAGAGGAUGUAGCCUAUUAUCUCCAGGGAUCCUGCUAAUUGAUUUAGCUCGCUCGCUUCUCAAUUAGCCUGCUGUUGCUAAGAUAACAAACAGGAAUGUGAUUAAUUUCCCCCUCGGUGUUUUUUUAGAGCCGCAGUAUAGGCCCGGAGCACGGCGCGAGGACGGGCUCGUGCGUCUCUAUGGCCGCGCGGACAGCUUGUCUCCCUAAUAGCUGGGUUGGUUUUUUUGUGACAGAGCCAAGAAAAAACGAGACAUUACCUGAAAAUUCAUCUCUGUCUGACUACACGGAGAGAUGAUAGUUAUGAGUACAUGCGUGGAUAUGUUUGAUGGUGAUGUUUGGCGUCAAAAAUAGAGAAAACAAUGAGCCUGUGAGGGGAAAAAAGCAUCACUGCUGCUGAUUCCAGUGCGGCCAUUUAUUGAUGCACACAGGGACACACCGCCUUCUUUGCGGUGUCGCAUUCACCUGCGAACAAAUGCACCCCCUACUGUCAUUACAUCCCACCAAUUAGAUAAAUAUCACGAGAUUUUGUCAUACAUGAAUGAGAAAUAAACGACUGCUGUGGAGUGUAGAGAGAGGGAGCAGGGAAAACAGACAGUUAAUCAGCUUUGUCUAAUUGUAAUGCUGGCAGGAGCUCUCUCUCCCCCUCUCUCUCCCCCUCUCUCUCCUCACACACACGCACAUCUUGGCCCUUUUGAAGUCAACAUCAGACUGGCUCUCCUGAAGUUGUACAGCAUCUCACAGGUCCACAAAGAAACCAGCUGUGAGUCACUCUCAUUGCUGGCAGAUAUUUGCUUUGUAACAAACACCAGCAGGUGCCAGCACCAAAACCUGUAGGCCCUGUAGGCUGUGUAUGAGACCGAGGUAAUGAGGUUUUUAAUCAGCAUCAUCAUGAAGCCAUUAUUACUGGGUCUGCUGUACUGAGAGAGGACAGGAAUCAGGGUAAAAAUGUUAAAAACAAUCAACUGAUGACUGAUUUUUCCCUUUUUUUUUUUUUUUUGCAGUUGGUGGCCCAAGGGCAGUUCACAAUAAUCAAACAACCUCUGGGAUUUAUAAAAAUUCUUCAGUGGGUAAGUCUGUUUUAAGGUUUCACUUUCAUCAUAUUGGCGGUAAAUAACGUACUCGUGUCUCUCUCUGUGAUGGAUUUGUGAUCUCUCGUCACACAGAGGUCAUAUAGCUGCAUGAGGUUCCAUAGACGUGACUCUACUCUCUAGGGAGGAGGAAAAGCCACUCAAACGGGACCAUGUUUCAUGGGGAUUUCCUGUCAAUCGAAUCUAUUUUACCCUCCCACUCUCUUUCGUGUCACUACUCCCUUAAAUGUAAUCAGAUGCAGCCUGAGUUUACCGCUGAGGGGUAUCCUGAUAGUGGGGAUGCUGCUCCACCAGAUCUGUGCAAAAGCCACAAACAGGAAGUGUUACAUCACUAUAGUCAUAGUAACACAAGAUAUCGGCUCGCACAGUAAUACAACGACACUUUGUCAAAUCCUCCUCAGAGGACAUGACCUCUGCAUACCAGUGCGGUUGAUCACAUCUGUCUUUGUAUGUACUCUGUGUGCUCCACCACAUGAUGGAGCCAGAAAACUGUACAUUCACGAGUCUGAGCAAGAGGGGAUCUGCAAGACGACUUGAAAUGGAUUUAGUUUGGUUUAGUAAACAUUAUAAAGGUACAACUUGAUGAAAUAGGAUACAAAAAUGUGUUAUUGGCAUUUAGAGAAUCACUUAACACCAGAAAUGAAAGAUAUAGCCUCAAAAUUGUGACAGAUCUGCAGCCUAAGGUAUAAAAUAGUUUGAUUUCUACUAAUUUUGGUUCGUAUCAGGAUUAAUCAUUAAUCCGAGGCUGCUUAUAGUGUUACAAAUCUAUUUUCUUUUUCUAUCAAAUCAAUUUUACUCCAGUUUCAAAUCGUGUUGAAACAUUAAACCGCAUCAUCUGUUUGACAGCUGUGGUUUUCAGGCAAAUUAAAACAUUACUGGGUGAUUCUCUCCCUCUUAGUCUACUAUAAAGUGAUUAUUUUUCAAGCAUUCAAUGUCCAUCACAGGUUUAAGGACAAUUAUUCUGAUAUGUUUCGGAUUUGUUGGAUGAACUGCUGUAAUCCGAGAGCAUUUUAAAGAAGCGGAUAGACGCUCACACAUUAGGACCCCCUCCUCCAGCCGUAGAUAUCCCAAUAUAAAGUGUUGUCAUGCAGACUGUUUGCCCUCUGUUAGCAGCAGCGUUCUGUCAGUGACGAGGCUGCAGGCUGAACAGUGGUGUCUCUACAGCUGGGGCUCCACUGUGGUGGUAACAGCUCUUCUAAUUACACAUGCAGACCCUGCAGCCAGCCGAGGCCUCCUAACAUGUGUGUUAUAUCUUAUGUUACAAUAUGUCGGACCCUGCGUGUGAUCUAAGGAACUGGUUCUGACUGGUUCUGGCACCCUGACAUAAUAACUGAAGCACUUUCAGCAAAGUGAGAGAAAACAUAAAGAUCAUAAAUGCUUCUAAAGUGGGUAUAUAUUUUAGUUUUCGUCUAAUGCCUUCUCAAAAUGAGCUCGCAGAAGAGGUCACCUUGGGGUAAGGGAAAUGAUGACACUAUUUUUCUCAAUUUUCAGGCAUUUAACAGACAAAGUGAGUCAAUUAAAAGCAAAAUAAUAGACAGAUUAAACCACAUUGAGAGCAGGGGUUUCAGCACCGCCUCUAUAAUAAUUAGAUGCACAUUUUUAAGGAGGAGUAGACAAAGAGGGGCUGGAGGAGGGGUUUUCAUAGCUAUGCGUUGGAAGCCGUAUUUUUUUAGCUACACCUCUGAUCCUCAGCGCUAGAACACAUUUUAACACAAUCCAGAUGCAAACAUGCGUGCCAAAAGCAGCUCUGACAGAGUCGCACACUGUAAUGGGCUCUGCAGAUAUGCCAGCGAGCAGUCAGAUGCAUGAGUGUGCUGCAUGACUCUGUAGUCCUUCCCUGGAGCUGUGCGUGUGCCAGCACCUCAUCGCUGCCUCCCUGGGUCACAGCGAGCUCAACCACCAAUCAGGAGCCCGGCUCGGGAGGCCAGGGCCCAUGAAUCAUCUGUCAGUGCAUGCCUGCGUGCCUCAGCGUCAGACAGGAGGAGGAGCUGCUGCUGCUUUUUCUGGAUUAAUAUGGGCACGUACGAGCAGCGACACAGAGGUUUUAGGAGGGUAGAGAGGACCCCGCCUCCUUUCCUCUCUCUGUGGAAACAGGCGGCGAUGAGAAUGAUGCUUCAGCGUGACAGAAUCAGAGCUUCUCUUGGCUUUUUUGUUGCAGCUGGAGCUAAUGAGCUGGUUUAGUGAAAAAAGAAAGCAGCAGUUCGUCUGCUUGUUCAUCUUCAAAAAUUUGAUUUAGACACUUGAGUGGAAGUGGGUUUAAUCAGUUAGAGGCAUUCAAGUGUGUGGGAUGAGGAGGUGUGAGCUUGUGAUUUUUAAAAAUCUGGCUGUGGAUGAUGGAAAUUAGUUGUGAAAGCUUCUGAGAACCAUUUUUUGACUGAUUUCACCAGCAAUCUGUAUGUGUGACUCAUGUUUGCCCACUCCCCACCCUCUCUCUCUCUCUCUCUCUCUCUCUCUCUCUCUCUCUCUCUUUCCUUCUGUCUCUGGGGAAGAGUGCUGACAAAGCCUAGAUUUGAUGGAUGUUGGAAGACACUGAGUUCCCAAAUAAAGCUGAUGUGGAGCUCAACCCUCGAGUACUCAAGCAGCCUCUCCACCUCCCGCCUCUCCAACUGUGCAGAAUCUCACUGCUAUGUUGAAUUUAAUUUGCAUUCACGUUUCACUUUCUGACUCAUUCCCCGCAAACAUAAAACGCCGCUGUGCGAGAACAUGAAGUAAGAGCCUUACUCGCUGUAGUGUAGUCCCUCAUGUGCUAUUAGAGGCUGCUGAUUUUGUGAGAGCUGUGGGAUUCUGCUGUUCAGACAGUGGUGACUCCGGGGUUAAUACUCCAGGGCCUCUGGUUAAGGCUUACACUGAUUCUCUUUAUGUCUCUGCUUUUGUGCUUUUGGCUGUUGGUCCUGAAUAUCUCUGGCAUGAAAUAGACGAGUUUCAAGAUUUUACAGCAUUUUUUUGCUCGGGGAAAGGAAAGAAGCUGGGCCUGCAUCCUGGGAUCAUAGCUCAUAUAUCAGCUGAUAACUGCAAGAUGCAAAAUAAUACAAUCUAGAUGCAUUAGGCAACAUUGAAAGGGUUAAAAUUAAAGAUAUGUUGAAGAAAAUAUUGGAUAGUAAUAGUCUGUUAAUGCUUUUUCUUCAUCCUCAGUAAUCCUGGUCUACAGUCGGUACUUUUAUUCAGCUCUAACAGAGACACGCAGCCAAAGACAGACAGGCGGUGUGAGAAAAUCAGUAGCAGACAGAUCGUUUGCGUCUCCGUGCGCAUGAUCGUGUGUUUUCACAGCACAGAAGAGCUGACAAACCGUCCGGCAUGCCAGGAAGGCUAGAAACCAGCCUCUGCCUUCUCGCUGCUCGACGCUGCCAACAGUGUUACCAUGGCACCUAACACUCAGUGUAACACCGUUUCUCUUCAGUCUGACUGGCCCUCCAUCUCAUUCCCCCUUCAGCACUCCUCCUUCAGCUCAUCUAUCACCGUAAAAGUACCACUCCUGACUGUGGUAUGGCGCCACCAACUUAGAUGUAGUUCCCUCGCCAGCCUCCCAGAUUUAAGAUAGUUUUAAACCAAUGGCAUCAUAGAGAUGGAAAACGCCACAUUGGGCCAGACUGAAAUAUACUAUAUUGGAAAUAUAUACUAGAGUGUGCUAUAUGUACUAUAUAGGAAUAAAUACUUAUAUAAAUACUUAGAUGAAUUUACUCUAUAAUUAUCAUUCCUAUAUCCUGUCACAUUCAUUUAUUUAUUCACUUUAUUUUACUAUAUAUAUAUAUAUAUAUGUGUGUGUGUGUGUGUGUGUGUGUGUGUGUGUGUGUGUGUGUGUGUGUGUGUAUAUAUAUAUAUAUAGAUAGAUAGAUAGAUGUGUAUAUAUAUAUGUAUAUACAUAUAAAUAUAUAUAGAUAGAUUGAUAUAGAUAUACUAUAGAUAGAUAGAUAGAUAGAUAGAUAUGUAUAUAUUAUAAAUCUACUUUAUCUACUUUAUUUACCUUUUUUUAUUAUUAUUAUUAUUAUUACUUUCUCUCCUUUUUCUUGCUUAUUAUUAUUAUUUAUUUAUUUUUUUCUAAUUAUUGUUCUGGCGUAAUGCUUACCUUUUAUUAUCUCUCUGUCUCUUCAAUAGUCAUCAUAAUUUAAAAAGAGGGGACAAUUCACAACCACAAACACACACUUUUCAACACACAUAAAAACACCCACCCACCCACACUCCAAACACAGCCUUGCAUCAUCUUCUAAAUGUUUCUAAACGUUAUGUGUCCCUGAUAUACUAGUCAUUUUGUCUUGUGUCCAUUGUCUCUCUGUACUGUUUAUAUGUUGUCAACCACCUGUCAUGUUCUGUCUUGCAUCUUGCAUCACCUAAUAAAAAAAAUUGAAAUAUCUCCAGAACUGCUAGAAUGGUACAAUGAAAUAUUAUUGGGACUGUCCAGUGUUACCUUCUUCUAAAAAAGCCAAAUGUGUCAUCUUCAUUCUUCCCAGAGUGAUUUCUGAUGCCAGUGCCAUCUAUAUCCAUAAUCUCAAUAUCUCAUACUUGACAAUGCAGCCAUUUCAGGCAUUCCCUAUUUCUCCAAAAACGCCUUAAAAACGAAGAAAACAUCAACACCCAGUGUACAGCUGGGGCACAGCAUGCUGUUGUUUCUCUCCAUAUUGAUCUCUCUCUUGAAAUUUUAACCUCUUGCUGUCUCAGAGGGAUAAUGAAAGCACGAUAUGGACUCUGGGAGCUCUAAAACCAUUAAAUUGUCUUAAAAACAAAAGUGGCUUGCGGUGCAAUAAGGCAGCGCACAGAGGGGAAUGGAUGACUUGUAUUUUUGAGGAUAGAAUAACCCAGAAUGCGCUCUGUGUGAAGGAUUGUGCCAACACUGCAGUUGUUAUAUUGCACAUGGUGAAGGUAUUGAUUAAUUGCACAGCUGCUGCAGCAAUACAUCCUGUUAUUCUGUUCGAGGGUGUAAAAGGAAAGCCUUAAAUAAACAGAAAUUAUAUGUUGCAGGUAUUUCUUAUACGUGAAAAGCAAAAAUCACCAUAAAAUCAAAUUGAAUUGAUGAAAAAUGCUCAUAUUAUAAAUUCAAAUCCAGCUCUAUAGCAGAUGGCUCUUUUUUUUCCUCCUUUGCUGUAAAUAUAUAAUAAACUCUUAACAGUCUCCUCUCCUCCUUCACACUGUAAUCUUGCCACUUUCCUCACACCCACAGUCAUUUGGACCGUGUUAUUAAAACCUGUUAAUUAGCAAACAAAAGGAAGGUGUGGUGUUGGAGACUCUGGGAGAAAACACUAGAGGAAAAAAAAAAAAAGACUGCAGUAAUGGAGGCAGAUGAGUAAAGUGGACACAAUGAGGCUCAUUUCAGGUGUGUGUAAACCCAACAAAGGAGCCUCAGACUCUCCUCAGCUACAAGAUUACUGUAAAUAGUUUAGUGUGUUGAUGGAAAGGCAGUACUACGAACUCACGUGUGUGGGUGUGGCCGUGGCUGCGUGGGUGUUGUGACUGGCUUUGCAGCAGCUUUGUCACAGAGUACUUGGUGGCAGAUGGUGGAGCACCUCAGUCAGAUUAAUAGUUGGAUUGUCCGUCCAAUCGGAUCUGGCCAGCAGUGUAGGGAGGGUGUGGUAAAAAUAGUCUGACUUGCCUAAUCUGUUGUGUGUGUGUGUGUUUGUGUGAGAGAGAGGAAGAGCCUGAGAUUAUCCCCACGCAUGUCUGUUUGCACCCCCCUGACAUGACUGUAAGUGUGAGCUGCAGAGAACGACUGAUCUGAUCUGUGUGCACCUGCAGUUUAAGACUCUAAACUAUCACACAAUCACCGUUAUAUAUAUACGAUGAAAGAUCCGCAGAAAGCAGCACCAGCAGACUGUCAUGUUAUAGCUGCAACAGGUGUGGCCCUCGCUGUGUGAAAACGCCGCAUUGAUUUACACUCUGUAUGCAUCUUUUAGCGGUUAUGGUUGGUGAGAGCACAGGAGAGAGUAGAGCCGCAUAAUAACGGAAAAACUGACAUUGCUCUAUGUUUUCUUUCUGCAAUAUUUAUUAGGAUAUGAAAAUUAGAGGAAGUUAAAUCUUUGAGUGUCGUUUGCUUUCUGUGUGCGUAAUUAGAAAUAAUGGUUUAAUAAUAAGUGACUAUUUUCCUUCAAUCUUUUAUUCUUUUACUCUUGGAUCUGGCUUUUACCAGCAAAUCUGACUCUUGGCCUGCAUGAUGUUCAAAAGUAUGUUGUGCGAUAACAUUGUUCAAUAUUGCGAUUAUUCAUAAAAAGUGUGGUCAAUGAACAGAUAUUUAAAAGUGCAUAUUCAGUAAAAUAACUCAGUUUCUAUAUUCUACCUGCUGUUCCUCGUGUUUCUAAUGAAUUCAAAUAAGCAGUUUUUUCAACCUUGAAGUAUCACCAGUAAAUCUAAGGUUGUCUGACAGCUGGCAGGCUUCAUUUUACAGCAUAAUAAAGGUGCAAAAAGCACGACUUUAACACCUGGGUAAAAUGCAUGUGCUGGGUGAGAAAGCACUGAUUGUAUUCGUUAGAGGAUUACAAGUUUAUUGCAGGUGAUUCUGAAUUUUUACGAGCUCAUAGACUCAUUAUCGGCCUUGGCUGAUUAUCAGAGCCGAUAAUAGCAUUUGGCAAAUUUUCUGUAUAAGAAGGAAAGUUAUUUUUACUUUGACUGUAAACACAUAUUAGUUCUGAAUAUCAGUUAUUGGUCUCUGUUUCGGUAUCUGCCCUAAUUUUUACUAUUGGUUGCAAAUGCUCAUAUUGUGAUAUCAGCUCAGAAGAAGAAGAGAAGCUGUUUCUUGUUUCAUAUCGAAGCUCUUUGUUUGUAUUCUUAAAUUAUUAACAAAGACAACUGAAUGAAUCAUCCGUGUCUUUAUUCUUCAUCUUUCCUCCGCAGAUCUUUGCAAUCUUCGCCUUCUCAACAUGUGGCAGUUACUCCGGCAUGUUCAAGAUGAGCGUAGAGUGUAAAAACCGGUCGGAGAGUGACCUAGGCAUAGAAGUACAAUUCGAAUAUCCUUUCAGGUACGUAUGUUUCGGAAAUUGGGAAAAUCCAACUGAAAGCUCUUAGUAAUUGUUUGUGUUUCUACAGUUACGGCCCUGGAUAAAUAAAGGUAUUUUAAGUACAUCCUUGGCUUUAGUGAGAGUGUCUGAAGGUCGCUGUAUGACUUCCCUCCUCCUAAAAGUUACGCAUUUAGCUGGAGAGUAACGCCACUCAGUGCUGGAUUUAAGUGGAUGAAUGAAUGAUCCUGAAAUAAUAGAUUCAUUCUCACACCUCACAAUUUUGAGGCAUAAUUUGACCGUUUGAUAGUUUGAAAAGCUAUUUAGAGAGUGAUGCCACAAACUGCAGAUAAAUCAGGGGUCUCUAGGUCUCUGAAUGGACCCUGUGGCUAAAUCUUAGCUUUGCCUCAUCUGUGCUGUAGAUUUGAUCACCUUUUCACAUAGCAAGGCUUCUCUUUCCACUUAUACCCGCAUUAAGGCUAAGCCAAGCUAAUGUACCCCAGGUGAGGCUUCAUACUUAGUUGGAUCAGCUUUAGUUUAUCAUCCUCAUGCAGGAAUUUAGCUUGGUAACACUGCCUCCAAAAUUCAGAGUGAAAACAGUCAGAGUGAAGCAGAAGCUCUGUCCCCGAUUAGUGAUGCUCCAGAUGUUUCUUUCUUCUGUUUUUUUUUUGUCUCCUCUUAUUAUUGAUCUUCCUCCUCUUUGUGUUUUUAUUCUCAGGCUCCAUCAGGUUUACUUUGAUGCUCCCACCUGUAAGGGAGGGAAUCCCGAGCGUCUAUUCCUGGUGGGAGACUACUCUUCCUCAGCUGAGUUCUUUGUCACCAUCGCUGUCUUCUCCUUCCUCUACUCUAUGGCAGCUCUCUCUGCGUACUGUUUCGUUCUGGAGAAGUACCGCGAAAACUGCAAGGGGCCUCAGAUCGUGAGUCUGGUUUAAUGCCGUGUGAUAUCCAAUAUCUCCUCAAAGUGCGUUGGAAAUGAUCCCCAGUUGCUUUUUUGUCAGUGUAAGUGAUCAGGUUGUUUUUCUGAUUUCUAGGACUUUGUGGUAACAGCGGUGUUUUCCUUCAUGUGGCUGGUGUCCUCAUGUGCUUGGGCCAAAGGAUUGUCAGAUGUGAAAACAGCCACUGAUCCAGAGAGGGUCAUCACCCUCAUCUCAGCCUGCGACGAACAGGAGAAUCGCUGCCGUGAGGUCUACGACCCCAAGGUCUCCGGACUCAACACCUCUGUGGUACGUCUCACAGUCUCCAAUCUGAAUAGGAGCGCAAACACAAAUGCAGUAGCUUAAUAAAACUAACCUGUCCUCGGUUAUCUCUCAUCUCUACAGGCUUUUGGCUUCAUCAACGUGAUCCUGUGGAUCGGAAACCUGUGGUUCGUCUUCAAGGAGACCGGCUGGAUGGCCGCUUUCGCCGGAACAUACGUCCCAUCACAGGAGAAGCAGCCUGCCCCCGAUUCCUUUGGCCAGGCAGGAUACGGUCAGCAGGACCCCUACGCCGGCUCCCAGGGAGGUUAUCAGCCAGAGUACGGCCAGCAGGGAGGCUACAGUGAGGAUGGAGGUUACAGCCAGGGCUAUGAGCAGCAGCCCACCUCCUACUCCAAUCAGAUGUGAGCCUGUGCAGCCAAAGUGCAGCUGUAGGAUGGUGAGUGUAAGCAGUGUGUGCGAAUAAGGCCUCAUGUCUGUAGUUCUCUGGGGUAAUGAUUUACGCUUAAGAAAAAUCAUGUAGUGAUGGUAAAAAACAUGCAGAAAGGGAUGAGGGUGACAAGUCAUUCAAAUACACAUUUUUACAGUAGGUUGCUUACCAAAAAAUACUGGAGGAAUCGGUCUGGUGUGCAGUGAGGCUCAGCAAUGACAUGAGACAAACAGCAGAGCUUCUAGUGUUUGUUGCACAGCUAACAAUUUCAUGAUAUUUACAAUCUUGUCAUAUAUUUUCACGAACUUUACUGUACAGGUUCAGACAGGUCGAGUCAAGAGAACAGGUCUACCACAGAAAGGUCAGAAAAAACAGCAGAAACCUGGAUUCUCUCUACCACACAGUUCGAUGGUGCUAUGAUGAGAUGGAUUCAAACACCUUCUCUUUAAUCUUUUUGGCCUUUUUGACUCUCAAGGAUAUUUUUCUUCUCUUUUCUUUAACAAUACCUGAGUUUGUGCCCCUAAAGAGCUGCCACAGGCUGCUGUAAAGUGGUUGUUUUUGCUGUGAUCUUGCUGGUUGUGCAGAUGUCUGUUUGUGCAACAAGCUGUGGAAGUGUUUAAGUCCACACCCUGUCAAUUAUUCUCUUAUUUAGUACAUACAGUUACUAAAUACAAAGUUACUUGUGCUUUUGUGUUGUACAGCAAAUUGUGUUAAGUUUACCACAGCUGAUGUAAAUAGUCAGGUUGAGAUAAUCAGAGAUAUUUGAGACCAGGAUCAGGUCACCUCUUUGCAUAACUUCAUAUAAAUAGGAUAAUUACAGCAGAUUCGCCUCUCCUAAUGUGAGUGAAUCAGAUCAGGUGGGAUCUUCCAAAGUGACAUCUGGUGAGCAGGAACAACUGCAGUGACUAAAACCUGUGAAGUUUUCUCCCUGCUUGUACUUUAAAGGCUGGAUAAAUCAUUCAGAGACCUGCCCCUUAUUUACAUUUUCUGUAGAAAUAUGACUAAUCGCCUCCAGCAACAGUUUGUCAUUGACACAGCAUGUGUUUAUGUUCAGUUUAAGACAUGACAGGAGCACGGCUUUGGUGUGUCAUAAUGUGGUUGGAGUAGGACUCUUUGAACUUUAGCUGGAUGAACUCACCAGUUUUUUUUUUUAACUCUCCAGGAACCCUCGUGUGGUCUGAAAACUCUGAGUGAAAGAGCCUUUUUAGUGUAGCGCUCAGAGGCUGUAGAGGGCUCUGCUUCAUCAACUACAACAGCAAAGAUUUAGAAAUGUUCAGAAACAGCCUUGAGCUUCCCCGGUUUCUGCGCGGCUUUAACCCUCUCUGUCCUGCAGUGGUCUAAAAGUUGUCAUCAGUCAUGACCCGGCAGCUGCUCUGUGAACUUUUGUAUCUCUGUGCACCAUCAGUGUAAUUGUAAAUGGUUUUGUUUGCUUUUAAAGGUCACAGAAAGCCUUCAGUAUCAGGUUCAAUCUGUUUGUUGACCUGUUUGAAGUUCCUCAAACGCUCCCUUGGCUCUCUAAGUGCCCUCAAACCCCGCCCCUUUUUGGAUUAACAGUUGUGAUUGGCUCAGAUCAGGCAGGAUGGAAACUAAAAUUUUAAUUAAAUUGAUCUAAUAAAACUUAUUUAAUGUUAUUUUAAAUCACUUACAGCUCAUAGAGGAGUUGCAAAACAGACUGUUUAGUUCAUUAUAGUUCUUUAUAUGAGCUACAUAAGGAAAUCAGACUAUCCCCGUAAAGGUCCUUACACACCAGGAACGACGCAAUUACAAAAUUACGAAAUAUUCGAAGGCGAAUUUCGACGAGCCUGACUAUACACAUCAAGUGCAAUGCAACUUUGCGACUUUCCAGGGGGAAAACAGACGCGUCCCGGGUGGAAGUGAGAAGACUGACAACAGCAGACUGACUGCUUUUCAGUUCUGAUUAGACACUAGUGUUGAGAUGUCUGUCAUGAUAGCAUGUACUGAGUCGGGGCCAUACAGUACAGUAUGCAAAACUUUAGAAAAAUGGACCGAUAAAUGCCGCAAUAUCGCAGGGCAGGAAAACGUCGCUGAUGUGAACGCUUUUAAUGACAGGAUGCGGGUUCGAAAAAAAAUAUUGACGUCCAAAAUAAUUGCAUGAAAAAAAGGCCCCCGGUGUGAAAGGACCUUAAAGGCUGGCUUUUUAUUAAUAGUUAUUUUCAGUUUUUUAAACAAUUGGUGGGAGGUUGGUGCCAGCCUUUAUUUCCUUUGACUUAUUAAGAGUUUUUUUUAAAGUUACUAAUUUAAUGGAUAAAGCAGGUUGACACUUUUUAAGGGACAAAAUCAGAGCAAGAAAUUGUGUUAUCAGUUUGUCCACAGGGGGCGCUAGAAUCAACGCAGACCAGAAAUUUCUUACAGGAGCUUUAAGAUGUUUAAUGAUGUCCCAGGAGCCUUUUCAGACAUUUAACAUUAUAUUCAAUACGAAAGAAACACACUAAAGAGGGCACCUGCAGAUUCAGAGGUCAUUUGAAAACAUCAGUCAACAAUAAAAUCUCUUAUUUGUCGAGUCUUUCCCAUGUUUGCAUAUUCACUGUGUUAUUAGCGUGAUUAUAUGUUUGCUGUUUGUUUAAUCAUUUUCUUCCCUCUCCCUCUCUCUCCUCUAUCUUUCUCUUCCCUCCAGGGUGACCACAUGAUUUCAGAGGGUGGCUCUCGAUGACCACCUGCAUUUCCACACUCCUCUGUGUGUCUGUGUGUGUAUCUGUGAGUUGACAGGCGGAGGGAGGGAGGCAUGGAGGGCGAUUAACCGGUGGGGCCUGGGGAGGGGAACGCAGCUGGGGAGCAGGAUUUUGUGGGAGGGCGGGGUACGGGUGGGGGGAUAUGGGUCUUUGCUGUAACAUGAUGUUUAUUCUCGUGAUGUAUUUAACUGUAGAAGACAACAGAGGAUUGUCUGUUUGGUUAUACGAGAAAAACUUGAAUACAAAUACCAAAACAUUCGUUGACGAACAUUUAAGAGAAAUCUUGUAACGGAAAAGACUUACAUUUAUGGAAAAAAACUGUAGUAAUCUUUAACUUGGGAGAAUGUAUUUGUCUGUGCUGUGUAAAUAUUAACAUGCUAAUAUAUGAUUAUAUGUACACAGUUGAAUAAUUGUGCACUCCAUAUAAGUUGUUAUACAACAAAUGUUGAGCACAGAGUUAUUCAAUUGCAUUUCCUUUGGUUCUGUUUAGGAGCUCACAUAGUUUGGCCCUUGCCCAUCAGUUCCCUUAAAUUGUCCAUAUCAUGGCGGUGUUUUAUUUGUUCAUUCAGAGUCAGCAUCUGUUCGUUUUUUUUAAAUAUUCAUCAUGUUUUGUUUUGUUUUUUAACAUUUGACCCGCAUGACUGGGAGGAUUUAAAACAUGUGGGUAAAGACUUUUAAAAAAAAACCUGUCCUAUCUAAAGAAGAGAAUUAUAAUCAUAUGAACGAGCGGGUGGAGGAAGAGUAAUAUGAAGUAGUAAAGAUGAAUAGAUGGUAGAAGAGAGUUUAAAGUAGGUUAUUUGAGCUUUAUUUAUGUUUUUAUAUAUAUUUUUCCAUCAAAUAUUGCUGUCAAGCAAGGACGAUCUCUUGAUAUACACAGAAUAUCCUAAAUUCCUGACAUAGAAAAUCAAAACUUGCAUAGGGUUAAGAAAAUUAGUGAGCAUGGUAGCAUCUCAUACUUGCUGUGCUGUUUCCGAAAACUGCUAUAGUGUGCUAUCAGUAUGAAAAUUGUGAACCAGGGCAGUGAGUACUAAGUUUUAGCGACGUGUGUUUGUUUAACUGUUUGGAUUUUAUGUACCGGCAUCAAAAACAAAUGUUGUCAAUGAACCUCGUCCUGUUUUGAUCGCCUUUUGUGUGGUCCAGAAAGUUGUAAGACAGAGUCAUAUAGUUUUUUAACUAGUGUUUCUAUCACACUGUAAUCAGUGACAUACAUACUCACACUAACAAGAGCUGUAGUUAGAUUAUGACACUCUAAAGACUUUGGUAACGCCAUAGUGAACACAUGAUAAAAGGCCGUUUGAACAAUAUGUCUCCAUAUACUUCUCUUACAUUCUCAGUCCUUCUUUACCUCCUUUUAUGAAGGAAGUUUACUGCAUGCAUCCUUAUAUUCUAAAGCAUUCCUAAGCAUCGUGAGAGGCUAAGUCUUAAGGCUGAUACUUCCAAUCCAUGCUAGUGUUUUACGCACAACUCAAACAGAACCAACAGCAGCUCUGCUAUAUUCUACUCAAAGCACAAAGUUAGUGCUGCAAUAAUGACGUCUUUGCAGAUAGAAUAACACCCGUCCUACUGCCAGGCCUCUGUUUGGAUUUACAGGAUCCAGUUUGCCAAAUGGUGAGAGAUGUGUACUUAUUGGUAGGGUGGGAAAUUAACUGCUUCAGAUGUGAACCAGCAGCUGACAGAUAAAAACUACACAGUGACUCACGAUUCGUCCGACAUUGACUCGACACCUUCAUGUCUUAGCAGUGCUUUACUGGUGACUACUUUAAGCUACUUUCCCACCCUCACUUCCUACCAGGAUGAGUUGCUGCUCAUCUCCAGCAUAUGGAUCUAUAACACAGCCAAGAAGUCACCCUUUUCAUUCAUAAAAAAAUCAGGGUCUUUUAAUCCAGGCGGCGUUAAAGCCCCUGGCUUUCUUUCUUCCUCUCGGCCCCUCCCCUCACCUCUGUUAUUUUCUCUCUCUCCUUCAUUGUAGCUCUUAUAAAUAUGCUGAAAUGAAAUAUACUCUGUUGUUAGUGGUGAAUGAUGUCUUGUGAUACUCUCUCUCUAAGCCUUUGGAUAGUGCUGUGUUUAUUGUGUAUGAUGUAUUCAUAUUAGCAUUUAUGAUAAUGAUAAGUCAGAGAAAAAAAAAAUAAUCCAAGACUCUCCAGAAUUCUUCUGUAUUCUUAUUAUAUGGGAUCCAUGUGAAACAAAAUGAAAUAAACAUGAAAUUAUUCUGUUGAAGGUAAAAA